UUUCGUAAGUAUCGUGAAAUACCCCGACUGCCACCGACCGCUGCUGCAGCUGAACAGCAAUUGUACCAGCCCACAGGCACCUUAAACAUCACGUUUCAGGCUAUUUCUUCAGAUUCCUCGCUCGUCGGAUACUACUCGUGCAUUGCAAAUGCAAGCCAUUAAGUGUGUUGUUGUCGGCGACGGUGCCGUGGGUAAGACAUGCCUGCUCAUCAGCUACACCACUAAUGCCUUCCCAGGAGAGUAUAUUCCCACAGUAUUUGACAACUACUCUGCCAAUGUUAUGGUGGAUGGCAAGCCUGUUAACUUAGGCCUCUGGGAUACAGCAGGACAGGAGGACUAUGAUCGCCUUAGACCACUCUCCUAUCCCCAAACAGAUGUGUUUUUAAUUUGCUUCUCUCUGGUGAGCCCCGCUUCCUUUGAGAAUGUAAGAGCAAAGUGGUACCCUGAGGUUCGCCAUCACUGUCCAAACACCCCCAUCAUACUUGUGGGCACUAAACUUGAUCUGCGAGAUGACAAAGACACGAUUGAACGCCUGCGGGAUAAGAAACUAGCUCCCAUCACUUAUCCACAAGGUCUUGCUAUGGCUAGAGAGAUUGGUGCUGUGAAAUAUCUGGAGUGCUCUGCUCUUACACAGCGGGGUUUAAAAACCGUGUUUGAUGAGGCCAUCCGUGCUGUUUUAUGUCCUCCACCUGUAAAGAAAAGGGGCAAGAAGUGUACUGUAUUUUGAGGAAGACCGCAACUCAUUUCUUCAUUGAUAUAUACCAUGUAAACAGCAGGCUCUUGCUCUUCAGCUCUGCUGUUAGCAUCAGAUCGAUUCAACUUGUGAGGUGACAAGCUGCAGAGACAUGCAUUUCCAUGGUGUGUCUGGUGUAACAGAUAUAUCAACAUAAAUAUGCCAAAUUUGCUUUGCCUUAAAUUGUUGGUUUAAUGUGAAAAUGUAUUGGAAGAGAAUGACAUAAGGCCAUGGCAUCAGGAUGAAUAAUUAGUUAAUGGAAGAACAAGCAUAGCUAACUGUAAGGUUCUUUGCUCUGUUGCAGCAAAUGUUACAUUUUUCAGAGCUUAUUGUGUGGAAAUCGUGGCUAUUCAUAUUUUAUCUGCACAUAAUUUUCCCUUUUGGGAUCUGUGAAUGUGUCAGAAGAUUAUGUAAAUAGACAUUGUGAAUAGCUUUUGCGACCUAAAUGUGUGGCCAUAGUCAAUUCUCUCACUUGAGGGGUGACGGUAAAUACAUUUUUAAGUAUUUUACUUUCAGCUUUUAUUGCCUGUUAAACAUUUCAUACUGUACCUGUGUUUUAAUGUGACUACUGUAUGUGAUGAUUUGUUAAACAAUGGCAGAAAUAUUACACACUGAAAUAUUUGUUUGCCUAUAAAAUACUAUUAGAUACUAUAAACAAAAAUAAUACUAUAUAAAAUAAGCUGUAAUCACAAUUGGCUGUAAUGUUUAAUGGACUACAUACUGCAACUUACAAUGGAAACCAUUUAGUGUAGAUUGUACAUCUUGUUUAAAAGUUGUUUUGUCUUUUUUUUUUUUUUUAUACUUAUGUUUUGAAACAUGAUGGAAUGUGCCAUUACUGAUUUUUGUGCAGGGCUAACAAAUUGUUUUAACACUUGUAAGUGUUCAGAUGAUUCUUUGAAAUGUUCUUUUACCUUUUAAUGACUAAUAUUUCAAUUUUAAAGAGAUAAAAAUGUGUGUA